UAUGCCUUUUACAUCCAUAAUGCAUUCUCCUAAAUCCUUAACUGUGUUUUCAGGAAAUGCAAAAGCCUUCUUUAAUACCCAUGUUUGUAUAUUCAGGCUCUCUUAGAAGUGACCAAACAUCUACAGUACUGCAGAUUGGGAGAUACAGAAUUGUCAAUUACUUAUCAUGGGAAAUGAGCUGGAAAUGCUGCCUAUUGUAGGCAGUGCAUUGUUUUUAUUUGUUGCUCUUGAACAUGUUGAACACUAUGCCUGUGUUCAAUGGUGCAUUCCUCAUAAAUGGCUGCAUGGACUCCAGCCUUGCUGGAGACAGUUGUCUUGUCUGUCUACAGUGAGACCACAGGAAUAUGACUGCAAGUGCCUGUUCUCUGCCAGAGAGGUGUCUGAGGUCUAACAGGGCAGUGUGUUUCAGCUUCUCUGGCACCAUGAUGUAAUGUAGCCAUCCUCCUUCAGCAAGGCUGAGUCCUCUGGCUGUACCUGCUUGGUUUGGGGACUGUCACUUGGCCAUAUCCAGCUAACAGUGGCAGCUUGCUAGAGCUAGCACUGUGUUGCUUCAGCUAAUCCUAACAGCAGAUAAAUAUUUUUUCCUGUCCACUUCUGUUUGCCUUCCAGCACAGAGAUAGCAGGAAGGAGGAGCUGGAUUGAGCUGUCCAAUGCCCAACUUGGAUGGUGCUUUAACCUUGCAAUAUUGAUUGCCUGGUAGUUUGAGUUAUUGUGAAGAUAAAGUAACAGGAGGUACAAAAGCUUUAGAAAACAAGGCAAAAUCACAGACAAACCUAAUGAAAAGACCUUGUCACUAUGGGUGGUUUGGAUUUCUGUCUGGCAGUUUGCUCUUACAUAUCUGCAAAUAUAAAAACUUUGAACAUUUUGUGUCUUAGGUAGGCUGUCUAUGUGGAUAUGAUAUGCCUGGGGAAGGCAGAGGCUCCCAGGCAGCGGUGCUUGUUCUGUAUCAGAAGGAAUUGAUGGCUUACUGUUUAUUUAAUUUAUGGGAUCUCUGUUGAUCAUAAUUUAGUACAGCUGAAUUGGUGAGCUGCUCACAGGAAUGCAUUCUUAUUCUAUUUUGUUAAACCUUUUCAUAACUGCUACUUGUUCUCAUUUAGGUAGUCCUGUUGUGGGUGGGUGACUGCAUCUUGUCAAACCUUCCUGUGCCCUGCUCCUUCCUUCACACUGAUGCCGGUGUAUGGCGUAUCAGGAGACCUGACUGGAUUUCUUUUUCUUUCCUGUGUCUGAGGCAUUUAUCCAGAAGCCAGCAGGAGAGAGGCUGGUUUUGACCCAGCUAGGUUUCCCCAAAUAGUAUGAAUUUGAAGAGCUGGAGAUGACUAAGUCAUAUCAAAGACUGCGCCUGCCCCACCUGGAGUUUUGAAUAUGUUUGGAGCUCAUACUCUCAAUUUAAAAGCUGUUCCAGCUAUGAGGAGCUUUGCGGACAGGGUGGGGAGAGGGAAGGAGAAGGAAAUAUUCCCCUCUUAUAUAUGACAGCAAUGCUUCUGCACUGGGAAGAAACUGAAGUGAGAAAGACGUGACUGAAAAAGAGCAAUUGGAAGGAGCAGAUUCAUUUCUUAACAAGAUCAAGUUUGAAUUAAAUGGCUGAUAAACAGAUCAGUUUACCUGCCAAGCUGAUCAAUGGAGGGAUAGCUGGGCUGAUUGGGGUCACCUGUGUAUUUCCAAUUGACCUGGCAAAAACUCGCCUGCAGAACCAGCAGAAUGGUCAACGGAUGUACAGCAGCCUGUCCGACUGCCUCAUUAAAACAAUUCGUUCAGAAGGCUACUUUGGUAUGUACAGAGGGGCUGCAGUGAACCUGACUCUAGUGACACCAGAAAAGGCUAUCAAAUUGGCAGCCAAUGACUUCUUCCGGCAUCACCUCUCCAAAGACGGGAAAAAGCUGACACUGCUGAAGGAGAUGCUGGCAGGCUGUGGUGCGGGUACCUGCCAGGUGAUUGUCACCACUCCCAUGGAGAUGCUCAAAAUCCAGCUGCAGGAUGCAGGACGCAUUGCGGCACAGAAGAAGCUCAUGGCGCAGCAGGCCCAGAUCUCCUCCUCCCCCGCGGCGGCGGCGGCCGAGCCGGCCGUGGAAAGGCGCCCCACAGCCACCCAGAUAACCAGGGAGCUGCUGCGGAGCAAAGGCAUCGCCGGACUCUACAAGGGCCUGGGAGCCACGCUGCUAAGGGAUGUCCCAUUCUCCAUUGUUUACUUCCCGCUGUUUGCAAACCUGAACAAGCUGGGUCAAAAAGACCCCAAUGUCAAGGCUCCAUUCUACGUGUCCUUCCUCUCUGGAUGUGUGGCCGGCAGUACGGCUGCAGUGGCUGUCAAUCCUUGUGAUGUUAUCAAAACACGGCUGCAGUCCUUGCAGAGAGGAGUGAAUGAGGACACCUACUCGGGGAUCCUGGACUGCACCAAGAAGAUCUGGCAGAGGGAAGGGCCCACGGCCUUCUUCAAAGGGGCUUACUGCCGAGCCCUGGUCAUUGCUCCCCUCUUCGGCAUCGCACAAGUUGUGUACUUCGUCGGCAUCGCGGAAUUCCUGCUGGACAUGCUCCCCAAGCACCGGGCCUAGCCCCGGAGCGGCUGCGUGUGCCCUCCCGCCCUCUGCAGCGCUGGAUUCAUCCCCGUGUUCGCCAUCCGUGUCGGUCGAUGUCAGAGCAACAGCACAAAGGGUUCGCGCGGGGACGCGAAGGGACCCGGUGCCCAGAUGGGCAGACGUGGGGAGGGAGAGUCCCUUCCCUGCCGCCGUCUGGAGCCUGCCCCUCCCGCUCCUUCCACGGACAGUACUUAAUUAUUCCUCCCUCUCUCUCUCUUUUUAAUUUCCCGUGAUCGAUUUUAAAUUGUCAUUCUUAAGGACACUGGUAAGCACAGACUGGGCUUGCAGACCCAGAAGUCUCCUCUCAGUCUUGGGGAGGAGAAGAGAUGGGAAAGAAAUAACUUCAACCCUCAUCCACCUCAGUUUCCCGUUCUACCUGGAGCUGCCAGCCAUCUGAGGAGGAGCUGGAGGGGCAGCUGUGUCCCCUCAGUCCCUCCUUGGUUCUGCUGACCUCGGGUCAAGAGUGAAAACUGCACAAAGGGGGCUUAUCUCAUUGCUGCUGGAGGCAGGGGUGGGGGGAUGCUGGCUCUGGCAAGUUCCUUGGCCUGGAAACCUUCAGUCCUCCGUUCUCCCUUUUUAAAAACUAGUUGGACUUAAAUGAAUUCUGACUGUUCCUA